AUGAAGCUCUUAGCCCCCAUUCUAGUCACCACCUGCCUGGCUAGUGGCGUCCUAGCAGCUCCUCGCAGUGGGCUAGCAGAGCGCAUGCAAGCCCGGUCCAUGGCUCGUGAAUCAGACCCCAAGAGCAACCACCGAGAGGAAGUGGCUUCAUCCCCAAACACAUCUCACGUCACAUACAGCAGCAAUUGGGCCGGCAUCGUGCGAGAGGAACCGCCCACCUCAGGUCCGUACACAGCUGUCAGCGCGACCUUUCAGGUCCCCAAGCCCACCGCUGCAGUCAGCAGCCGCGGCACGCAGGCCGGCUCCGCCUGGGUCGGCAUCGACGGCGACACGUACAACGCCGCCAUCCUCCAGACUGGGGUGGAUUUCUACGUCCAGAACGGCAAGAUCUCCGGCGAUGCCUGGUACGAGUGGUACCCAGACUACGCGUACGACUUCGAUCUCUCCGUGAGCCCCGGGGAUACCAUCGUGGCCAAGGUCCAGGCCCUCUCGCCCAGCAAGGGGGUGGCCAUCAUCGAGAACAAGUCCACCGGCGAGAAGGCGACGCAGACGAUUUCCGCCCCUGCAGCGACGGCCACCCUGGCGGGCCAGAAUGCGGACUGGAUCGUCGAGGAUUUCCAGGCGGGGGAUGAACAGGUUGCGCUCACAGACUUCGGCACGGUCACGUUCACCGGCGCGCAGGCCCAGGGCGGGGGCCAGACCGUGGGUGUCCAGGAUGGGACGGUCAUUGAGCUGAAGCAGAAUGAUCAAGUGUUGACGGAGGUGGAUGUACAGAGCGACACGAAGUUCAGCGUUACCUACAUAGGAUGA